UCGGGUGAGCGCGGUGACCCCAUCAAUCGGUCAUCUCUCGUCGACUUCGGCGGCCCCAACCUUCAGCCGCCUUACACACUUCAACUGGAACAGGCAGCUAAGGCUUGCUCGGCUAUGGGCAAGCGAAGUCGCGGCAGCAGCGCCACCAGCAGCAACGUCAUGAGUAGUGUGCCUAGCUCUACGUCUACCACCAACUACGGCACGAUUGUGGACCUGGAGCCGGGGCCUCCGCCCGAGACCCGCCCUGCCGCAAGUGCGCUUGUGGGCCCGGUGCCUGCUGGUCCUGUGACGACUUCAACCUCCAAAUCGUAUGGGCGUGAUGGCAAGAAUAUAUGGGAUGAGUAUUAUCCGCUUGUGCAACCGGCGCACCAGUAUCACCACCGCAACGACCGCGGCUCGUCCAACUAUUUCUUCCACGGCAUGUUCUCGGCCGACGUCAUGUGGGCCUAUCGCGACGCAGUCAUCGCCUACCUCGUGUCGCUUUACUCAAUGGUGGUCCUCUCGCUCACGGGCUUGGUGUUCUGCAAACAGUGGGGAAUCUCGCCUAACACACCCACCGUGUUCGUCUUCCGCUGCCUUUGGUUCAUCAGUCCAGCGGUAGCAUCACUCGCUCUACGGAACAUUGCGAAACUGAGGCUCCAGGCCUGCAACACGCCACCACAUUGGAACAUCCCGCCGCUGUAUCACCUAUUCAGGAGUUCCCACUCAUCAAGAUCGACAUUACGACUUGCACUGCUUAGCUACGCGAUCCCAGUCCUGUGUGAAUUGGCUGCAUUUUCAUUUACUGCCGCGACAAGGAUGGUCAACCCGUUCAACCGCACCUUCGUGCGGAAACUGGAGAUGGUAUUCAGCUUCAAUGAUGUAGAAGCGCUCGACUCUGGACUUGUUUUCUACGUGUUUUAUAUCAGCUUCCUUGGGAUCUUUUGGGAUCCGGUCCCGCCGCAGCGAUACGACGUCGGGCUUUCGAUGGGUCUCCGACCUUUAGGUACAAGCUGGUUUUUCUUCGCAAUGAUUCAGGAAAUUGGCUGGAGCGGAUCACUUUUUCCAGCGCUGGAGAUCGUUUUCAGCCAUUCGACCAUCCUCGCGUCGGCUAUUACUGGGUGCAUAUGGGCGCUGUGGCACUGGCCCAUGAUCAUCGCCGACGCGCUGGACGUGGUGCCCAAGGGCUCUGGUUACUCUGUCGCUGAAACGCGGGACUUCCACCUACUCUACGUACUGGCAAUAUUUACGCUGUUACUCGUGGGCUCCCGCAUCAUUAUGUGCUGGAUCCAGGGUAACUCCAGCUACGUCAUUUGGUCCAGCGUCGUUUACCACUCCACCCACAAUCUUUUUAUUAUCUCAGUAUUUGGGCAGCUGACUGCCCCAUUGUACGAGAAGGCCCAGCUCUUUAGCUUCUUUAGCUCGGAGGCGUCAAUUUGCCUGCUUGUGACUGUGUGGUUCUCCACUUGCAUCCUCUCGCAGAUGUUCCGGUGGACCAACCUAAUGCCAAUGCUACGCCGAGCGAAUCCCAGAGUCACGCGGGCGCUCGCAGCCUAA